CCUACGUCUUAGGCAGCUUAAGGAAGGGGCUGUGCUUUCGGAAUCCCAUCCGAGCCAAGUAAGGAGGUCCCUCUCUCUCUCUCCCACCACGUCUUCUCUUUUUAAAGGACCUCGUGAAAUAAAAGUGCAGAAAACAAACCCAGGCGAUCACAGCAGCAGCCGCCGCGGCAGCAGCACCAACAGCAGGAGGAGCAGGGGGAGCGGGAGGAGGAGGAGGAGGAGGCAAAGUCGGAGUUGGGGCUGGCGCUCCGGAGUUGCUGGGCUCAGCGCAGCUCCCAUUCAUUAAGGAACCAGCUGCAGAGGAAAGUGGCCAAGCGCCCGCGCUGCCCACUCGCUCGCUCGCGCACUCAGACGCACGCCAGAACAGCGCGCCCCAAGCUGCGCAGCUCUGCAAAAGUUUCUGCUCGGGAUCUGGCUCUCCUCCCCCUGGACUUUCGAACGAUUUAGGGUUGAGAGAGCAAAGCAGAGGCGCGCAGGAGGAGCAGAAAACACCACCUUCUGCAGUUGGAGGCAGGCAGCCCCGGCUGCACUCUCGCCGCCGCGCCGGGAGCCGGGGCCGACCCGCCACUCUCCGCAGCAGCCUCGGCCAGGAGGCGACCCGGGCGCCUGGGUGUGUGGGCUGCUGUUGUGGGACGUCUUCGCGAGGCGGGAGGCUCUCGCCGCAGCCAGCGCCAUGCAAAACUACAAGUACGACAAAGCGAUCGUCCCGGAGAGCAAGAACGGCGGCAGCCCGGCGCUCAACAACAACCCGAGGAGGAGCGGCAGCAAGCGGGUGCUGCUCAUCUGCCUCGACCUCUUCUGCCUCUUCAUGGCGGGCCUCCCCUUCCUCAUCAUCGAGACAAGCACCAUCAAGCCUUACCACCGAGGGUUUUACUGCAAUGAUGAGAGCAUCAAGUACCCACUGAAAACUGGUGAGACAAUAAAUGACGCUGUGCUCUGCGCCGUGGGGAUCGUCAUUGCCAUCCUCGCGAUCAUCACGGGGGAAUUCUACCGGAUCUAUUACCUGAAGAAGUCGCGGUCGACGAUUCAGAACCCCUACGUGGCAGCACUCUAUAAGCAAGUGGGCUGCUUCCUCUUUGGCUGUGCCAUCAGCCAGUCUUUCACAGACAUUGCCAAAGUGUCCAUAGGGCGCCUGCGUCCUCACUUCUUGAGUGUCUGCAACCCUGAUUUCAGCCAGAUCAACUGCUCUGAAGGCUACAUUCAGAACUACCGAUGCAGAGGUGAUGACAGCAAAGUCCAGGAAGCCAGGAAGUCCUUCUUCUCUGGCCAUGCCUCCUUCUCCAUGUACACUAUGCUGUAUUUGGUGCUAUACCUGCAGGCCCGCUUCACUUGGCGAGGAGCCCGCCUGCUCCGGCCCCUCCUGCAGUUCACCUUGAUCAUGAUGGCCUUCUACACGGGACUGUCCCGCGUAUCAGACCACAAGCACCAUCCCAGUGAUGUGCUGGCAGGAUUUGCUCAAGGAGCCUUGGUGGCCUGCUGCAUAGUUUUCUUCGUGUCUGACCUCUUCAAGACUAAGACGACGCUCUCCCUGCCUGCCCCUGCUAUCCGGAAGGAAAUCCUUUCACCUGUGGACAUUAUUGACAGGAACAAUCACCACAACAUGGUGUAGGUGCCACCCACCUCCUGAGCUGUUUUUGUAAAAUGACUGCUGACAGCAAGUUCUUGCUGCUCUCCAAUCUCAUCAGACAGUAGAAUGUAGGGAAAAACUUUUGCCCGACUGAUUUUUAAAAA